UACGGCGGACACGGAGCGCCAUAUUAUUAUGCCUCAUUUGCACCUGAUUGCGACGCUGUUGUCAAUUGUAGCGAAUGUUGAAGAGCAAAAACGUCUAGCUCGACAAUCCGAAGUGUUCCUCUCAAUGGCACAGAAUGUGCACUGCAGAUGUUCGUUGUUUCUUUUGGAUCGUGAAAACUCGGAACUGGUUGCUGAGGUAUUCGAAAAGAAUGGUUCCAGCGAUGAGUAUCUCACCGAAAUACGGAUGCCAAUAUCGCUCGGGAUUGUUGGUCAAGUGGCAACAACGGGACAAAUGAUGAACGUUAAGGAAGCAUACAGGUAAAC